UCCCCGUUUGGCUCGUCCCGGCAAGCGGUGUCAUCUGUAAGAACCGUGGGCUUCAUAAACUGUCGCGCAAGAUACAAGGUCUGGAAGACCAGACAGUUUCGAGUGAGCAGACUCAAGUCGAUUGCAUUUCGGUAGCUGGCAGGCGGUCUCAUAACCUAACAGUUGUGCGUCAGUGGAGACUGAGUUCUGUGUCAGCCGGGCGCUGCUGCUGUGUUCUACCGUCAGCGGUGGUCAGCGCUGGUCAGCGGUGCGUUUCAUAUUGGGAGGCCCUCUGUGGCAGUGGCAGUCACGGACAGAACCUGACAGCCAGUGGGUGGGCGCCGGUCGACACCGCCCGCGCCUAUAUAAGGUCGUCGGCGCUCGGGGCCGCGAGUUGACCACAGCUGCAGGCCUCAUGCUGUCUCUCCACCUUCUGACCGUGUGCGCCGCCGUCGCAGCCGCGGCGGCGCUACCGGUGGACCCCAAGACCGUCGAGCAGCCUCCUCCUCCGCCGCCGUCCACCACCUCUGCUCCCUCCAAAGAGGACUCGGGUCAGCUGAAGCCCGACUUCGGGUUCGAGAUCAAGUCGCGCCAGUCUCAGUCGGGCACCACCAGCGGCGGUGCGUCGGUAUCGUCGACGGGCUCGUCGCAGGGCGCGGUGACGGGCGCGCUGAGCCUGGCCACAGAGGGGUACAAGCUGGACCUCAGCGCCGUGGGUAACAGCGGCGUGUCGGGGAGUGGCGUGUCCAUCGGCGACAGUGGCUUCCGGCAGAAGACGCAGACCAACUCCGAGGCCGGCUCGAAGGGCACGAAGCGCGCCCAGGUGGUGACCGGUACCAAGGGCCAGUCCAUCUCCAAGGGUAACGCCGGUACCGUGCAGAAGGCGGGCGCCAACGUUGGCUUCCAGGGCGCCCAGGCAGUCCGCUUCACACAGCCGGGCCAGGGCCACGAGAUCGCUGUCAGUGUCGACAAGAAGGCCGGCGCCUCCUCCUCCAGCGGUCACCAGAGCGCCACCAGGGGCUCCGGAUCGAUCGGCGUCGAGAACGUCGGCGGCACCGAGCUGCGCCGCGUCAACCCAGCACGCGAUCCCACAGACCCGGACGACAGCCUCUCGAGCGACUCGCAGCUGCGGCAGACCGGCAAGACGACCGGCACCUCCUCGCUCACGGCCAGCGGCUCCACGCAGGGCGGUGGCGGCGCCAGGUUCAACCUCUGGUCACCAACCUUCAACAACUCGAGGGACUUCGCCGGCAACACCAACGUGGCAGGCAACGGCAUCGCCAGCGGCAACGGCUUCUUCGUGCAGGGCGUGCAGGCCAACACAGAGCUGGUGUCCACGAAGGACGGUCUGAAGGUGAAGACGGGUACCCGCGGCGCCGGAACCACCGGAGGUAACGCAGGUCUCAUCGAGAAGGCCGGCGCCAAUGGCAAGGCCACAGAUGUGGCGAUCAUCACGCUGGCCGACGGCUCCAAGCAGGUACAGCUGGUCAACAGCCAGAAGACGACGGCGUCCACCAGCAGCGGCCUGGCCGCCUCCUCCAAGGGCGACGGCAGGUUCAGGGUCGACGACAAGCGCGAGACCGAGGUCCGCGUCAAGCCCGUCGACCUCAACUCGGAGGCGCUGAAGGUGCCGUCGGCGCCGCAGCCCGAGGAGGGCUCCAAAUACAUCGACCAGUACAUCCCCAGCGACCCGAAGUCGGGGCCCAGCCCCCAGCCGAAACCUGACCCCCAGCCAAAACCUGAACCUGAACCCGAACCCAAGCCAGAGCCGGAGCCGGAACCUGAACCCGAGCCCGAGCCGGAGCCGGAGCCUAAACCAGAUCCUUCGCCUAAGGGUGGGUACGAUAAGAAGGCGUGAUGGUAGUCAAAAGCUGCUUGUCCGAUUCAAGACUUGCCAGGCGCCAUGUUGGACAACCUGCCGGGCGUGUCAGGGAGGGUGACCUGUGCUGAGACAUUGGGUCACGUGACUGAGUGCCAUUUCGCAACAGGGUGUAGGCGUAUCUCGCGUCCUUUGAAAACAAAUAUGCUGAGGAGGGUGCUGGUGGGAGUGACACUCCAAGCCUGGUCAUAGCUAGCAUAUUUGCUCUGCUGUUCGCCGCUAAUGAAUGAUGUGCAAAUACAUUAUAUUUUGUAAGGUCAUGCGUCAAAAAGAGGCAACGAUGUGAUUGUGAACGAACAAAUUCAGGACAGGUGUAAGCGAAAUACAUAUGUUAUAAUAUAUCGUUGUUGUACACUAGUGCAACAGCAACAUGCAUGACAAUAUUUUAGUACAAGAUUUUUCGGAAAA